UGUGAGUCUCCCCCAGCCUCUGUAACUUUCCACCUCUUUGGUGGCGUCUAAAUCUUCUUUCAAGAAGGGGGAAACUGAGCCUGGAGGAGUGGGGCAGGGACUCAGGAGCUCUUCUCCUGCAGCCACAGCGAGCGCCUGCCACGCCCCGUCCUCCGCUCCCCGCAGCCGGAGCCGGAGCCGGAGGAGGACCCCCGGUGCCAAGAUCUGCCCCGGAUCCUUGGGGAAACUGAGGCCCAAGGAGUGGAGGGGACUCUUAGCCCAAGGUCACACAAUCCUAACACACCCAAAUGAGCCACCAGCCCCAACAGGUUCUGUUCCGAGGCUUCCCAGACUGAGGCCAGAAUCAGCAUGCCCCAGCCUGCCCUGCUGCCCAUGCCUGCACCCCAAGUCAAAGCUAAGUGGCGCCCCGCUGCGGCCAGCCGGCACCAUGGACAGCGAGGCGUUCCAGAACUCGCGGAACCUUCAGGACCUGAACUUCCAGUCUCUAGCCACGAAGCACAUGGACGUGAAGCAUAUGGAGCUGGACACGGCGGUGGCCAAGGUGGACGAACUGACCAAGCAGUUGGAGUCGCUGUGGUCAGACUUGCCGGCGGCGUCUCUUGGCUCGAAGGCCGGAGCGCCGGCUAGGCUGUCCCGGUACAGCCUCAGCCCUGUCCCCGAGCCCUUGGGCAGCCGCGGGUCUCCCCGGAAGGCGACCACCGACGGCGGAGACAUCUCGUUCAGACGCUCCGAUAGCGCCCCGGCUCUGCACCCCUACAGCUCGCUGUCCCCUAAGGGCCGGCCGUCGUCACCGCGCACCCAGUUCUACCUGCCGCCGGAUGCCUACGGCAGCCUGGACCGCGCGCCCUCGCCCCGGCCCCGCGCCUUCGAUGGAGGCCGUGCGGCCUCCCCUCGCCCCGGCGCGCUCAGACAGCAGGGUCCUCCCACGUCCUUUGACUUCUUGGGCCGUGCCCGCUCCCCCCGUGGCAGCCCUCUGGCCGAAGGGCCCCAGGCCUUCUUUCCCGAUCGCGGGCCCUCGCCUCGCGCCCCGACCGCAGCCUACGAUGCGCCGACUGCCUUUGGGAGCCCCCUGCUGGGCCCUGGCGUCAGCGCCUUCGCCCCACCUCCGCGCGCGCAAGACGACCUAACGCUUCGGCGGCGGCCCCCCAAAGCCUGGAACGAGUCUGACCUGGACGUGGCGUACGAGAAGAAGUCCUCGCGGACAGCGAGCUAUGAACGACUCGAUGGCUUCGCGCGGCCUGCUUCACCAGGCUUGCAGCUGGUACCCUGGAGAGAGAGCAGCCUGGAUGCGCUGGGGGCCACCAGGAAGGACAACUUCACCAGCGCCACUCUGCCCCGCAAUUACAAGGUCUCCCUUCUGGCCAACGACAGGCGUUCUGAUGUGGACAGCUACCGCCGAUCGCUGGGCUCCGCGGGGUCAUCAGGCACUUUGACCCGAAGCUGGCAGCCUGUCAGCCGCAUCCCCAUGCCUCCUUCCAUCCCCCAGCCCCGAAGUGCCCCCCGCCAGCGCCCCAUCCCCCUCAGCAUGAUAUUCAAGCUGCAGAAUGCCUUUUGGGAGCAGGGGGCCAGCAGGGCCAUGCUCCCUGGCUCCCCCAUCUUCUCUUGGGCUCCCCUGCCUAAGCUGCUUCCCCAGCCCCAGAUGCCUCCACAGUCCCAGCCACAAUUACAGCCUCAACCCCAGCUUCAAGCCCUUGCCCCAGUCCCCCAAUCCCCCCAAGAGACUUGGUCCCCUGUGAGUGAAGGCCUCCCCAAACCUCCCACUGAGCUGGAGCCUGAGCUGGAGCUGGAGGGGCUGCUGACACCAGGGCUGGAGGCUGGUGAUGCAGAUGAAGGUGCUGUAACUCGGCCCCUUAGUCCCACACGGUUGCAGCCAGCACUGCCGCCCGAGGCACAGUCAGUGCCCGAGCUGGAGGAGGUGGCACGGGUGCUGGCAGAAAUUCCACGGCCCCUCAAACGGAGGGGCUCCAUGGAGCAGAGCCCUACUGUAGCCCUGCCCCCCACCCACAAGAAGCAGUACCAGCAGAUCAUCAGCCGCCUCUUCCAUCGUCAUGGUGGGCCUGGGGGGCCCGAGUCUGAGCUGAGUCCCAUCACUGAGGGGCCUGAGGCCAGGGCAGGGCCCCCUGCUCCAGCCCCACCAGCUCCCAUACUACUCCCAGCCCCUCUCCAGAGCAGCCCACCAGAGCAGCCACAGAGCAUGGAGAUGCGCUCCGUGCUGCGGAAGGCUGGCUCCCCGCGCAAGGUCCAUCGUGCGCGCCUCAACCCGCUCGUGCUGCUGCUGGACGCCGCGCUGACCGGGGAGCUGGACGUGGUGCAGCAGGCGGUGAAAGAGAUGAACGACCCGAGCCAGCCCAACGAGGAGGGCAUCACCGCCCUGCAUAACGCCAUCUGCGGCGCCAACUACCCCAUCGUGGACUUCCUCAUCGCGGCGGGUGCCAACGUCAAUUCCCCCGACAGCCACGGCUGGACACCGUUGCACUGCGCGGCGUCCUGCAACGACACGGCCAUCUGCAUGGCGCUGGUGCAGCACGGCGCGGCAAUCUUCGCCACCACGCUCAGUGACGGCGCCACCGCCAUCGAGAAGUGCGACCCCUACCGCGAGGGUUACGUCGACUGCGCCACUUACCUGGCAGACGUGGAGCAGAGCAUGGGGCUGAUGUACAACGGAGUGGUGUACGCUCUCUGGGAUUACAGCGCUGAGUUUGGAGACGAGCUGUCCUUCCGCGAGGGCGAGUCGGUCACCGUGCUGCGGAGGGAUGGGCCAGAGGAGACGGACUGGUGGUGGGCCACGCUGCACGGCCAGGAGGGCUACGUGCCCCGUAACUACUUCGGGGCAUCAAGAACAUCUGCCAAGGGACUUCCCUGGUGGCACAGUGGUUAAGAAUCCUCCUGCCAACGCAGGGGACACGGGUUCAAGCCCUGGUCCGGGAAGAUCCCACAUGCCGCAGAGCAAAUAAGUCCGUGCGCCACAACUACUGAGCCUGAGCUCUAGAGCCUACAAGCCACAACUAUUGAAGCCUGCACGCCUGGAGCUCGUGCUCCGCAACAGGAGAAGCCACCGUAAUGAGAAGCCCGUGCACCUGCUCUCUGCUACUAGAGAAAGCCUGUGCGCUGCAACUAGAGACAGCCUGCGCGCAGCAACGGAGACCCACGCAGCCAAAAAUAAAUAAAGAAAUAAAUUUAUAAAAUUUAAAAAAAAAAAGAACAUCUGCCAAAAAUGCAAGAUACUUAUCGGACCCUUACCCUAAAAUAACUCAUGACAGCCUGUCUACUUGUGGGACCCUUACCCUAAAAGAACUCUUGAUUCCUUAAGGACAAGUAUUCCCUGGCUUGUGUCAGAGCCAAUCACAAUUCUCACCAGACAACUUUAACAACCUUGUGGCUUUUGUUUUAUAAGCCCCUGAUGCUUUCUCUUCCCCAGAACACUCCUUCAGUUUUACCGGAAUCUGUCUCCUGAAUUGCAAUUCUUCUUUUUUAAAAAAAUUUUUUAUCAGAGUAUAGUUGAUUUACAAUGUUGUGUUAGUUUCAGGUGUACAGCCUGAGUUGCAAUUCUUAAGACCCCAUAUAAACUCUUGUUUGCAACCUUCUGUGUUUUGUUUUGUUUUGUUUCUGGUUGACACAUGUAACCUAUGAACAUUCAUAGGUUCCAGGGCCUGGAGAUCUUUGGGGACCAUUAUUCAGCCUAUCCAGGGUGUAUUGCAAUUUAAACAGGGUGGUCAGGGAAGGCCUCGCUGAGGAAAGGACUCUUGAGGAAGACUCUAGGAAGGCUUGAGAGAGGUGAGGAAAGAAGCCAUGCAGAGAUCUGAGAGAAGAGCCUUU